AUGCCUCCACACUCAAAAGAAUUGUUGACACAACCCGUUUACGAACAUGACCUGGUAUCUUGGGGAAGCGACAUCUGCUCCAAGAUGGUCUUGGAAACCAUGAGCUUUGGAUCUUCGGAUCACCAAUACCAAGAAAAGCGAAAGGUCGCCUUUUCCGACCACGUGGAAAUUUUUGAAAUUCCACACGUCAAUGCCAUUUCCGCUCAGUCGAAGAGAGACUGCUACUUUUCGCGAGAGGAAAUCGCGAGGAUACACGCUCAUGCCUGGGAGAUUGUCGAUCACAUGAACAAUGGAAUGGAGAUUCAGGACGACGAAGACUUUUCCAAACGCGGGAUUGUCGAUCUCAAAGACACUACCAUGCAACGACGACAACGCCAAAGACAAAAGGCCUACAAGGUUGUCUUUGGCAUGCAAGCCUUUGCCAACACGCGUCAACCCAUGCACUGUGGAGAUCCCAGAGAUUUCCUUGCCGAACUAUACAGCAAGGCGGCAUCGGAUGCCAAGAAGGAAGCUUACAUGUCGGCUAUUCGCGAUGCUGUCGCGGCGGGCAUGGCGGCCAGUCUAUAG